CCAGGAUGACAUUGCAAAUUGGGGUCAACCUUCAAGUGACAACACCCGAUUUAACAUGAUACAAUCAACACUGCUUCGUAUGCUCGCUGUCAAAGGUUCAGCCAACUGAGCGAGAGUGCUCAGAAAAUGGUAGCAUAUGGGGCGGCGUUUUUGCAUGUGGGCUUCCUCAGCGCAGCAAAUUUACGAAUGAAAAUAAUUCCUAGACUCUACCAAAUAAGUGAGCAGGUACCCAUGGAUUCGCAACGGCUUUGUAGCGGGUUUCAAGUACAGCGAAGGGAAGUCCAAGGGGACCUGUCACCGAACGUUAAACCUGUCAGGCCUUCAAGAUGCAUGGGGCCUGAAUCUUGCCGCUGGCUCAGAUCAACAUCGCAUGGCAACCGUGAAAAACUUGAAUGUGGGAGGUAAAGACACUGCCUGCAUACGUAUGGGUCUGUGAGCAAGACAGCGAAAUAUUAUUAAAUACACGGUAGCGACUAAAAGCCUGGGUUAUAGAUUAAAUUUAAUUAUGAGAACUCUGAGGACUAGCAGAGCCUACUAGUACAUGCAGUAGAAGGAG